AUGUUCCGGAGUCAAAGUCCGCUGAAACUGCGGGCAUCUUUCAACCGGCUUCGAAGAUGCUCUUGCCGCCGAAAACUCCUCUUUCGUCUACUUUGGCCAUCUCCGUGGCACUUCCAAGUGCCUGUGCAGCUGUCUCUGACGGAGCUCCAGAACACCGGAGACCAAAUGUCUUCAUCUCGACAGCCGGACAUGCUCCAACUCUCUUAUAUACCUCUAUUUCGAGUACGAGACACGCCUCUGCGCUCCCUAUAUCGACUCUACGAGGACCUCUGCUCUAAGAACAUUAUCAUGAUGAGCUACGAAUGCGACUACUACUUCUAUCAUGCUGAGGCACGUUGGCAGCUAUCUCGUAUCCCUGAUCCUAUGGACCCGGACCCUACGAGGUACGCAUUACUGGCUAGCUUCGCCGAAGCCCUCGUCUCUACAUUCAAUUGGAGGCUGAAGCUUGGGUUGCAGCGUGAUGGCACCCAGAUUGAGGGCCAGGAUCCAAUGAAGGUUCCGCUCGAAACAGCACCUCAAUGGGCAAGCAAAGUACAUCCUCUAGCAGAGAAGCUGGAUUUGCGGCCCCUUGAUGAGGAUAGUUCUGAUACAAUAUUUCUGAAGAGAAAUAUUCUGGCAUCGACGGGCUAUUUAUUCUGUGUGUGA